AUGACUCAACAGCUUUCCUCACUGUCUCAUCGAAGCCGACUUCAUACCAAAUCACAGCAGAUACUUCCGCCUUCCAACCGCUCCUACAUGAUUCUAAUAGGUGCUACUGGAAAAGCUUCCCACAUCUCAACCCUGGAUCCUGCUCCAGCUCCUCUUUAUCCAUAUUCCAUCGCCUCUCAACAAGCUCAAACUUCGGUCCAAGAACGUCAUGACCAAGGUAGCAACUCCAAAGAUGUCUCCAACCUCCACGCUGCGAAUACCGUCAACUCUCGCACUACCCCGACAACAAAUCUCCUCAUAUGUACUCCUAUCACGCUCUUCAAUCCUGAGUCAUUAAGAAGGAUACACACUACUGCAUUUUUUGACUGCGGAGCCUCCAUAACGAUGAUCAAAAAGCAAAUCGCCACCGACUUAAAUCUGAAUAUAGAAGAAGAACAACCUCUCUCACUGCAAACAUUUGGCAACGAUGAAGACCAAAUUCAUCCGUCAUCGAGGACAAAUGUCGGUCUCGUACUGGAAAACGAUGAUAGCACCAUGCUAAGGGUUCGGACACUGUCAUUUCUUUCCCAGCCAAUGCAAAUGGGAUUAGCGAAAGACCACAUACGUGGAGAUAUGCCAGCGUGCAGCACCACCACUCAACCAGGUUUAGUAAUUGGCAAUGAUUACUUCUGGGAGCUUGUAUUGUCAAAUAACUUCUAUGUUGAGAAACUUCCAAACGGAUACGAUCUCGUCCACACCAGACUCGGAAAUAUCAAAAACGAAAUUAUCGAAAACGCCUCCAUACUCAUCAAUUUGCUAUGGCGCUAA